GUUGAUACGUCUGGCGGGUGGCGUUCCAGCCUAUGACUCUGCGACAAAGCAGAAGUUUAUGCUGCGGUCAUACUUGAUCCUAGCGUUCGGCGACAUCCCCGCAGUCUCCAUGGUCAUGAACAUGAAGGGGCACAACGGCUUGCAUCCUUGUCGCAUGUGCAGCAUCAAGGGCCUGCGUAUACCUGGUCGUGACCGCGUCACCACACACUACGUGCCUCUAGACCGCACGCGCCAUCCCUCCACAAGAGCCGAUCCUACCGCGACGAAGUCCUAUGAUCCAGCUCAUCUCCCUUCACGCUCACAUGCGCAGAUCCUUCAGCAAGGCCGCGCUGUACAGCUGGCUCCCUCGCAGGCGGCUGCAGACCGACUGUCCAAGAGCACCGGCGUGAAGGGGGUUUCAAUCCUAUAUCAACUCCCCUCCAUCCAGUUUCCCACCUCCUUUCCCUACGACUUCAUGCACCUCAUCUUCGAGAAUGUUAUCAAGAACCUAAUCAAGCUCUGGACGGGUGAUUACAAGGAUAUCCCCGAGGGAACCGGCGACUAUCAGUUCGAGCGCACGGCCUGGGAUGCCAUCGGUGCAGCCACUGGCGCUUCUGGGGACACCAUACCAGGUGUUUUCGGCGCCCGUCCACCCGAUAUCGCUCAGGACAACACUAGCUCCACUGCCGACACUUGGUCCUUCUGGAUCCUCCAUAUCGGCCCCGCCCUCCUUUCAUCACGCUUUAAACGCCCCGUAUAUUACUCUCAUUUCAUCUCGUUCGUCCGCCUGGUCAACUCGUGCAUGAAGUUCAAGAUAUCACGUCAGGAGCUCGACCUAGUACGCCAAGGCUUUCGGGAUUGGGUUGUUACAUUUGAGAAGCUCUACUACCAGCACGAUCCCCUCCGCAUCGCCACAUGCCCGGUCACCAUACAUGCCCUUCUCCACAUCGCUGACAGCAUCGAACAGAUGGGGCCGGUGUGGACGUACUGGGCGUUUACAAUGGAGCGCUUUUGUGGGCGCGUGCAGCGCGCGAUACACAGCCGUAGGUUCCCUUGGGCGAACAUCGAUGUCCACCUUACCGCGAUGGCGCAAAUCAAUCAACUUAAGCUGCUUUACGGCCCAAAGAUCGCGCAGGAGCUGUCAUUGACGGCGCCACCGAAAGCGCGCGUCGAGGGAGAGUUCAGGCAUCCAUCUUACCCGACGUGCACGCUUUUACCGCCCAUGCGACGUGCUCCCAUCGACAGCUCCCAGCUGGACAAGAUCUGCAUACACCUUCAGACACGGUACAAUGCAGAUGCGGCCGACGUGCGGCAGCGCAUCAACAUCGACUCGAUUCGUCAAUAUGGCCGUGUCCGCGUUCUCAAUGGUGGGGAUGACAUGCGCGCGUCAGAGCUUGUCCCGCUAGCCAGUGACCGACGUGAUGCGACGUGGGUCAAGUAUGACCUACUUGUAGAUCGCAAUAAGCACCGGCGUCGCGCGCCCGAAAUCCUCGUGCCCAAGUCGUUCUUCGGGCAACUCAUGAACAUCUACGUCGUUGAGGUUUUGGCUUCACCUCAACUCCACCUCACUGAACCGGAAACCGUGAUACUCGCUCGCAUCCACUCAUGCACGCCAUGCAAUACAAAUAGUCUGGGCCAACUGUACUACAAGGACAUGGGGAGGUACGAAGUUGUGGACAUUCACACUGUGCAGUGCUUAGUUGGACGUGUCCCGCGCCGGUGGCCAAACCCGGAUCUGUACGCUAUCUUGGAUCGCAGUAGUGACCUGAAUCAUUCCCUUUACAUACCAGACACAAACUAAUUGAUUUACACUACUUUGAAAGUCCAAUGCACUGACAGAGCGC